UAUCAGGGCUCGGGCGCCCUCGCGGCGCGAUGGCGGAAGCGGCGGCGGCCGUCGCCGCCGCGCCCGUGGCCGCCGUGGCCCCGUCCAGGAGCAAGAAGGCCGCGGGCGCCCUCGGCAUCGGCGCCAGGAAACGCAAUCAGCUCGCGACGCUGCAGAGCCUCGUCACCAAACACGUCGUGGACCCUGCGCUCGUCGAGAUCGCCGAAACGCAGGACUUCACCAUCACCAGCCUGGAACGCGGCAUUCCCAGAUACGAGCAUGCCCACCUGGUGGCCGCCCUCGACGUGAUCCUCACCUACCAGCGGGACCGCCGAGCGAACGGCUGCGGGUUCAUGUCCAUGCGGAAGUCUUACAGGCACGACCCGCGCACGCGCGUCUGCGAGCUGUUCAAGCGCUGGCUGCGGACGAACGCGGCGAACUCCACCAUCGGGGAGGACGAGGUGCGGCGCAUGUGCAGCCUCUGUCGCGACAUCCUGAACUACGGGGGGCUGUUCCCCUCGAAGAAUUCGCGCAGUUUUAUGCAGACGCUGGCAGAGGUCUUCGACCACAUGCAGCUGCAGCUGAAGGAGGUCCUGAAGCGCGACCGCACGUGCGCGGAGAUGGCCUCCAGCGCGCUCUCCAUCAGCCGCAACUUGGUCUUCUCCAUCAGCCGCAGCAUUUUCUUUAAAGUACCUAUUUGAAUGUUCAGGACCAUCUUGAGCAGUAUCACCGUCAUCAUAUUCAUCAGUAUGCUGAGAUCUCCGGGAUAGCGUUUACUAUCCCCGCUGGACCCCGAACCUUCUUCUUAUCCCCAGGGGGUUCUUAUUGGGAGCUCAGGGUCAGCAACUCAUGGGGGCCUUGUCUGUCCUCGCAGCUCCAAUCUUGGAGUGCACUGGCGUGCGCCAGCGUCUGCGAAUCGAUGAAAGCGCGCCGAUUCAGCGUCGAUUGGCGUCGAUUAGCUUCGGUGCAUGUCGAUUCGCCGGAGCCAGCAAGAUAGCAUGGGAGGCUCCCAUGAGUUGCCACAGAAAUCUUAGUGGGCGAAAGACAUGUCCGCAUCCUCGGCCUCGCGGGCUGGGCCCCUGGACCGCGACCCCGCGGAUACGGGGCGUUUCUUCACGGACGCCCCGCGCGGAGCGUAUACGUGCGACCGCGUAUCCGCGGGAGCGCGCCAGGGAAUCCAGACCGGAGGGCGCGGAUACGGAGACGUUCGCCGCUUGUGAGGUCUCGGACGCGAUUUGCUACAUGCUGCUGGCGGCCACGGACCUCGCCAAGACGGACAGGCUGCCCUCGCUGGAGGUGGUGGCCCUGUGGCAGUCGCUGCCGCCGGAGAGGAACCCGCUGCCAGGGCGCGCGGACGCGGAGCUGCAGGGCCUGAUGAAGGAGCACUGGAAGACGCUGUGCGGCUCCCUCAUCGCCGAGCUGCUCAGCAUGCCCUGGGCCUUCCGGCUCUUCGGCGGCGCCAGCGCCCAGGACGAAGCGGCCUCCGCGGCGAUGCUGGCGGACAGGCCCCGGGGCGCGCCAGCGCCCGCGAUGCUCACCAACGGCGGGGAGGCCAGGGGCAGGUCGCAGUCCGUGCCGCCGAGCAGGGGCGCGCAGGACGGGGGGGACAGGACCCUGGCCCGCGCGAGGGCCUCGAGCGUGGGCUCGAGGGGGAGCAACGGGAGGGGGGCGGACCAGACGCCCAGCGGCAUCGCGGGCCUGCUGGCCCACGUGAAGGAGCAGUUCGACAAGAAUCGCUUCAGCAACAGCGGCCUGGCCGGCCCCUUCCGCGAGAGCUCGCAGGGCCACUUCAGGUCGAGCUACCUGGCCGCCGUGCAGGCCAUCGACGAGCUCAUGUACCUCCUCGGGGUGGUGCUGGUUCACUUCCAGCGCAUCAGCGAGGGCCUUGGGGACUACGGCAUGAUCCGGGUGGCGCCGUGGCUGCACCCCAUCCUAGAGGCGUUGGCGGGCAAGGUGCAGACCCUCAAGGGCUGCCUCGAGGCGGUGAACAAGGCGGUGGACCAGGAACUCGUCAUCGCCAAGGCGCGCGGCCGCAAGGUGAAGGCUCCAGCUCCCACGGACCGCCAGUCCGCCAGGGCGCACGCCUCGAUCGAGCGCGCGGUCACUGGCAGGGACAGCCACGUGUCCGCGCUGCUGCAGCUGCUAGAGGACCUGAAGGCACGCUCGGCUCCGGAGAGGCUUCCCGCCCUGAUGGACAACCUCGGCGACGCUUGCCAGCAGCUCGAGGGCGUGCUGUCGUCGCAGCAAUUCCGCCUGUGCGUGGGCGACAAGUUCCCGGACCUGCCUUCCUUGCAGAACGGGCAGGUGCUGGCGCCCCCCCUGGGCGACGGCGCUCGGCCUCCGCGGCCGCCGGCCGCCAUCGCGAGCUCCCAGGUGCAGAUCGAGGAGGUCGCGUGAGCGCCAUCUCGCGCCCGGACCAGCGCCGCGCCUCGGGGUCCCGUGAGCCCGCGGCGCGUUCGGCCGACGCAGGUCGUCGUCGUCGUCGUCGUCGUCGUCGUCG